AUGUAUCCAUGUACAGAGCGAGGUUGCUCUCGGGUGUACAAGAGGCCGGAACAUUUGAGUCGGCAUCGCCUCAAUCGCUUCGAACAAUAUGGCGUCUCAAGUAUGCAUGACGUUAACCGCCGUGCUGAGUGUCUAGACCAACCACGCAAAAUCCACACAUGUUCUGUUUGCCACAAGGAUUUCGUCCGCCUAGACCUCAUGCAAAGACACACGCGACGGCAUGACCGCGGCAUGAACUAUCGCAACUCUGGGGGCUACUCAAAUCGUGAUGUUGCGGAUGGCAUUGACAAAACCCCGUUGCCAGGUGACUCUGCUACAGUCUCACCAGUGGUGGAGCUACGUGGGCAACUUGAUUUACCCCCAGAUGAGCUACACCUUGAACACGUCAUGGAUUCUCCAGCUCCCGCAAGGGUAGACGCGGAGUCAGCUGGGGUUAAUGCAUCCGACCUGAAUGACCUUCCUCCUGAGCAUCAAGUGCAAGUGCAACAACAUGUUGCUGUCCAACCAAUGGAGAGACUGGGUGUGGAACAUGUUUCCUUUUUCGACGAGUCGAAUGAUGCCACCAGCUUGAUGCAAGAUUUAGAUUGGCUGUUUGACGCAAGCUCUUGGGAUGGAUCCGGCGAAGUUGGCGGCAUCAACCUGCGUUCCCCCGCUGUGGAUGCCUCAACAACAUCCCCUGCAUCAGAUAGAAACACGGGGGGAGACAUAACAUCCCAGCUCGAGAAUACAUACAGGCUGCCUCGUGAGAGAAUUCUAUCGUCCCUGUCAUAUCUUCCUCAAGAAGUCUUGGCCUCGUCCUUCUUUGAGAGCAAGAACUUAGAACAGUUCAUGCUGAGCUAUUGGGAAAACUACAAUGCUCACUUCUUUUUACUUCAUCAACCUACCUUCUGCGUGCAGGACGCCCCACCUCUAUUGCUCGUAGCAAUCUUGACGCUUGGGGCGACCCUCUCGCCGGACGAGGAGCAUUAUCGAGUAGCGGAAACCAUCCAUCAUAAUCUACGGUGGCUAAUCUUUACUUGUCCGAGUUUCCAAGUACCCGCACCCUUAUGGAUGAUUCAAGCGUUAUUAAUGGUUCAGGCAUACGAGAAAAUGUUCUCAACGAGGAAAUUACAUGAGAUGUCUCAUAUUUUCCAUUACUCUGUCAUUACGCUUAUGCGGCGAGGCAGCUAUUAUUCAGAAGAGCAGGAGGAGGCUGGGGAGAUAUCUUCUUUGGAAAAGUCUUGGUAUCGAUGGGUCAAGAGGGAACUUUCCUAUCGAGCCGCAUUCUUUGCGUUCAUCAUGGAUGCGCAACAUUCGUCCAUCUUUGGGCACACUGCUGCACUGUCACUGAGUGACAUCCAACUACCACUGCCUUGCGCCGAUGUGCUAUGGAAUGCUCCGACGGCAUCAAUAUGGAAUAAGGAGCGAUCCAGAGUUCAACCAAGCCCGUUAUUCCUCCCAGCACUCCGAGCCUUGCUAUCGCGCCAUCCCAUUCCCCAUACCUACAGCCCCUUUGCCAGGUUUGUCCUGCUCCAUGGCCUGUUUUGCCUGACAAGGCAUAUGUUUGCUCGGGAUCAGACAGCGUCUUGCAUAAGCGUUCCCGAUCAGAGUAGCAGCUCCGGGGCAACAUCCUCCUCCACUCCAGAACAAGACAACUGGAAAGAACGUCUAGACCGUGCAAUAGACACAUGGUCGUUCAGCCUGCUAAGCCAAACGCCGUCAUUAUGCCUCGAAGCUGCCCGUCCACUGCAGAGGAUUGCCCACGUCAGCAUCCACGUGUCACUUGUCGACUGCCACAUUCUCGCGGGAGCGCCCAACCUUGCCACGGGCGUGCGGACUGAGCAUGACAGCGUCCAAUGGGCACGGGCUUACGAGCGAGUAUCCAAGUGGGCACAUCACCCUACUGUGAAGAGACCUCUCAGCCAUUGUCUACUGUUGAUUCAGGAGACCAUGUUCACGCGAGCUCGGUACGUGGCUGCAGAAGAUAGCAUCAUCCUCAAGCCAUGGGUUCUAUACAAUACGACACUUGUACUCUGGGCUUACGGUGCGGUUGUCUGUGGUGCCCGGGAAUCGCCCGGUCUCACUCAAGACCACGCUAUUGAUAAUGGUAUACAUAAAUGGUCGGCCGAGGAGUAUCUUUCCCACAUGCUCAAUGGCCUGAUGGGAGAUGGCGAUCUCUCUCAACUUCCAGGAACUAACAGGACGUCGGGGUUAGUCACAGCAGUCCGGCUGGCUUUGGAAGGCUGUAGAUGGGAGCUUCUGGAAGAGGCCAGGGAAACCUUGCAACGUAUAGCGACACAAGCGCUUGUGUUCCCCCCGCUUACGGCGGACGAUAUAGUAGUUAAUGAUAUGGACAACUAA